UUUAAUGGCUUAGAGAACAAAUCCGCGAUAUCUCUGAGAAAAAAUUCAAAAUUUCGCAUCACACGUAGCAGCAUUUGAUAAGACGGUAUCAAGAACAGCUCGAGACGUUCUGUGUGGCACGAGAAACGAUCAAAUUUCGUUCUUUUGCUGGAGAUUUCCGUGUGAAAUGGGCUUUGUUUACAUCCGUGGCUCGAAUUAAGGUGAAAAGUUAGACGCAAAUUAUCAAAAAUGAAUCAAAAACCCCUGACAAUCGCCUCGCUGAACCAAACAGACGACAGCUUCGACUUCCUUUUCAAAGUUGUGCUCAUCGGGGAUUGUGGCACAGGCAAAACUUGCAUCGUUCAACGUUUCAAGAACGGCAACUGGAUCGAGAAGCACAACAACACAAUUGGCGUCGAUUUUUCGAUAAAAACGAUCGCAGUCGAUGGGAAACGCGUCAAACUCCAAAUUUGGGACACCGCAGGCCAGGAACGUUUCCGCACAAUUACCCAAAGUUAUUAUCGGUCCGCGAAUGGCGUUAUUAUCGUUUACGAUAUCACGAAGCGUCAGUCGUACGUGAACCUUCAACGAUGGAUUGACGAGGUACGACGAUACACAGCGUCAAAUGUCAUUCUCGCUCUCGUCGGAAAUAAAUGCGAUUUAGAGGCAGAACGACAAGUUGAUCCAGCGGAAGUGACGUCGAUGUGCGAAUUAAUCCCGGAGAUCAUGUUUUCGAUUGAAACCUCGGCCAAGGACAAUACGAACAUCGAAAAUGUGUUUCAGAAUUUGGCGAAGGAGCUGAAGAUGCGAAAUGACAAAACGCCCGCCGAUGGAGCCGAAAACGGGAUUCGAUUGGGCGAAGGCAGAUCCAUUGGCGGAAACAGCAAAUGCGGCAAUUUCUGCGGAUCUGGAGGCAAAUCGAGGAAUCAACAGGAAAAUAAUUCGCCAAGUAGUUCGUAAAUUUUGAAAAUUUUUUCGUGUUUGUUAGAAAAAAGUAACUUAUGUGUCACAAAAAAGAAAACGAAUGGUGCCUUAAAGACAAAAAAAAAAAAAUACCGACCGAAAGUACGUACGAGAAAGCUGAAUUAUGUAUUAGGAGCCCUCCAUAUUUAGAAAAAAAAUUUUUUUUCGACUUUUUAAAUUUUUUUAACGCACAUUCGAUAGAAAGUCUCUCUAUCUACCAUUUUUGUGUUUCUUUAAUUUGUGAAUGUCUUUUUUUUUAAGUAAAAUGACUUUUGCCAAGACUUUUUAUUACUUUAACAAAAUAUUUUUUUAAGACUAAGAAAAAAAAUCCAAUGAAAAAGUAGGAAAUACCCUAAAUAAUGAUCAAAAUAUACUAAAACUUAAUAAAGGAGAUAUUAAAAUAAAUAUUAAAACUUAAAUUAUGUUAGAAAUGUAGAUGUUAGUGAAUGAAAAA